AUGGCGAAUCUGCCCAGCAUCGCAGAAAUGCGCCAAUUUGCAUAUGCGACUGUCGAGAAGCUGCCCGAAACGACACAGCGACUAUUACAGGCGAUCGCGAGCACUUCAGAGCAAUUGCAUCAUGUCCUGGCGAAAGGAUCCCACUACUGCCACGAGCUGAUGAGCUCGCGACCGGAGCUGGCUGGACUGCUUGGCACAUGCACGAACUCGUUUCAAUGCCUGUCUUCUAUGGCGAUACUGGGUGUGCUGGUUGCUACAAUCGCCGCAUAUGUGGUGUACCAACUCUACUUCCACCCCUUAGCGAAUUAUCCUGGACCACUGCUUGGCCGGCUAACGCAGUGGUACAAUGUCUACCAUGCAUACGUUGGUGAUAAGCACAUCCUCUUCUACCAUCUGCAUCAAAAACAUGGCACUGUCGUGCGCUUUUCGCCCAACUCGCUAUCGAUCAACGACCCGGUGGCGCUAAAGACCAUCUAUGCACAUGGCGCGAAUGUCCAGAAGUCAGUCUUUUACAAGUGCUUCCGGGCUGCGCCGCAGGCCAUCAGCACACUUCUAGCGACCGAGAAGCAGCAUCAUGCUCGCAAGCGAAGGAUCAUGGGUCAAGCAUUCUCCGACACUGCGUUGAGAGGAUUCGAACAGUAUGUGCUUGGGCACACUCAGGACCUAGUUGAUCGCAUUGGCGGCGUCGUGGGUGGAUCCGGUUUGGAGAAAGCAGGGUGGAGCGCACCACUGGAUAUGGCGAACUGGUGCAACUGGCUCGUAUUCGACAUCAUGGGCGAUUUGGUUUUUGGGCGAUCGUUUGGCACUUUGGGCGAGAAGCCUGAGAAUCGUCAAGGCAUAUUCCUUCUCGGCCGUGCUGCCCGAAGAAACUAUACUGUCGCUGCGAUGCCAGCAUUGCUCUACACACGGCUCGAAGAGUAUCUGCCCUUGCUUCGAGGGCUUUACCAGGAUCGUUGCAAGUAUCUCGCCUUUGGCAAGAAGCAAGUUAUGGAGCGGACCAAGGAACAAGGUCAGAAUGGCUCGCCUGUAGUGGAGACUGGACGCCGUGACAUCUUCUCCUUUCUUCUCCAUGCUAAGGAUCCUGAGAGUGGCGAAGGCAUGCCGAUGCCAGAGCUGUGGAUGGAGGGCAACACUUUGAUCGUGGCUGGCUCCGAUACCACAUCAACCACGCUUGCAGCAACCCUUUACUACCUCCUCCACAACCCUAACACACUGACCCGCCUCGAACGCGAGAUCCGCAGCACUUUCACCUCCUCCACCGAGAUAUGCACAGGUCCCAGAAUGCAAUCCUGCACCUACCUCCGCGCCUGCAUCGACGAAUCAAUGCGUCUCACGCCCGCAGUAGGCGGGGUGCUCCCUCGAGAAGUCCUCAAAGGCGGCCUCUCCAUCCCGUCUUUAGGCCUGCACGUCCCAUCUGGUAUCGACGUUGGUGUCCCAAUUUACGCCAUCCACCAUCACUCAGAAUACGUCAUCGAGCCAUUCAAGUUCGACCCUAGUCGUUGGCUAGGCGAGAAAGGUCAUCCUCAAGAUAAGGAAGCGCUUCAUGCCGUGUUCAAUCCCUUCUCGAUUGGACAUAGGGCGUGUUUGGGGAAGCCGCUGGUGUAUAUGGAGUUGAAUAUUGCGAUUGCGAGGUUAGUGUGGGAGUACGACACGAGGUUAAGCGAAGAACAGCAUGUGAGUGGAUUCAUCAAGAAGGAGAUUGGUACUGGAAAGAGGCAGCCGGGGGAGUACCAGUUGCAGGAUUGGUUUAUGAGUAGGAACGAAGGACCUUGGGCUGAGUUCAGGAGAAGGGAGGUGUAA